AAGCAACCAACAACGUCCGAGGCAAAUCAAAUUUCCAUCAACCCUCCUCCUCCUCCAUUCUCCAGAACAGCAGCAGCCAGCAGGUCAUCGCCAGUGAUGGCGGCGGCGGCACCUUCUGGAGGCACAGGAAAGAACACAGCUGCGACUGCGACGACACCGAGCCGGUUCGCGGCGGCGUGCGGCGCGCUGAGCCAGUACGUCAAGGCGGCGGAGGCCGAGAGGACGCGCGCGCGGCCGCCGGUGCGGCGGCCCCUGCCGCUCAUGCCGGGCGCCGACGUCGACCAGGACGAGCCGGAAACGGCGGCGCAGCUGAUCAUCGUGUACGGAGGGCGGGCGCUGGUGCUCGACGACGUCGCGGCGGACAAGGCGGCGGACCUGCUGCGCCUCGCCGCGGCGGCGGCGGCGCGAGGAGGCACAGAGCAGCCGCUCUGCUCGCUCGCCGACCUACCCGUGGCCCGGAAGGCGUCGCUGCAGCGGUUCAUGGAGAAGCGCAAGGACAGGGUCGCCGCCCGCGCGGAGCCGUACCGCCGGCGCCGACCCGUCGGUGACCGACGCAACGAUCUCGCGCUCGAGCUGUGAUUUGAGGAUGUCUCGGCGGUAACUACUAGAGGACGCUGUGCUCAAGAAGCAGCCGAACGAUCUCUGAUGCUUCGUACAGUCAGAUCAUAUUAAUUUGUUAUAACUAGAUAGGUAUAGGUGGAUUGUUCUUAUGUGUUGUGCAGCAAAACAGAAGAAAAAACUUGGAGAUGAAAAGACAUGGUUUCGCAUUA